AUGGUCAAGCCCCAUAGCCCCAUGGUCAAUCUCCAUGGUCAAGCCCCACGGUCAAUCCCCAUAGCCCCAUGGUCAAUCCCCACGGUCGAUCCCCACGGUCAAGCCCCACGGUCGAUCCCCACGGUCAAGCCCCACGGUCAAUCCCCACGGUCGAUCCCCGCGGUCAAUCCCCACGGUCGAUCCCCACGGUCGAUCCCCACGGUCAAUCCCCACGGUCGAUCCCCACGGUCGAUCCCCACGGUCGAUCCCCACGGUCGAUCCCCACGGUCGAUCCCCACGGUCGAUCCCCACGGUCAAUCCCCACGGUCAAGCCCCACGGUCAAUCCCCACGGUCAAGCCCCACGGUCAAUCCCCACGGUCAAGCCCCACGGUCAAUCCCCACGGUCAAGCCCCACGGUCAAGCCCCACGGUCAAUCCCCACGGUCAAGCCCCACGGUCAAUCCCCACGGUCAAUCCCCACGGUCAAGCCCCACGGUCAAGCCCCACGGUCAAGCCCCACGGUCAAGCCCCACGGUCAAUCCCCACGGUCAAUCCCCACGGUCGAUCCCCACGGUCGAUCCCCACGGUCAAUCCCCACGGUCGAUCCCCACGGUCGAUCCCCACGGUCGAUCCCCACGGUCGAUCCCCACGGUCGAUCCCCACGGUCGAUCCCCACGGUCAAUCCCCACGGUCGAGCCCCACGGUCGAUCCCCACGGUCAAGCCCCACGGUCAAUCCCCACGGUCAAGCCCCACGGUCAAUCCCCACGGUCAAGCCCCACGGUCAAGCCCCACGGUCAAUCCCCACGGUCAAGCCCCACGGUCAAUCCCCACGGUCAAGCCCCACGGUCAAUCCCCACGGUCAAGCCCCAUGGUCAAUCCCCAUGGUCAAUCCCCACGGUCAAGCCCCACGGUCAAUCCCCACGGUCAAUCCCCACGGUCAAGCCCCACGGUCGAUCCCCACGGUCAAUCCCCACGGUCAAGCCCCACGGUCAAUCCCCACGGUCAAUCCCCACGGUCAAGCCCCACGGUCAAGCCCCACGGUCGAUCCCCACGGUCAAUCCCCACGGUCGAUCCCCAUGGUCAAGCCCCACGGUCAAUCCCCACGGUCAAGCCCCACGGUCAAUCCCCACGGUCAAGCCCCACGGUCAAGCCCCACGGUCAAGCCCCACGGUCAAGCCCCACGGUCAAGCCCCACGGUCAAUCCCCACGGUCAAGCCCCACGGUCAAUCCCCACGGUCAAUCCCCACGCUGCAGACCUGUCUCACCCCACGGCCCCGAGGAAAGCCCCGUCUCACCCCACGGCCCCGAGGAAAGCCCCGUCUCACCCCACGGCCCCGAGGAAAGCCCCGUCUCACCCCACGGCCCCGAGGAAAGCCCCGUCUCACCCCACGGCCCCGAGGAAAGCCCCGUCUCACCCCACGGCCCCGAGGAAUGCCCCGUCUCACCCCACGGCCCCGAGGAAUGCCCCGUCUCACCCCACGGCCCCGAGGAAUGCCCCGUCUCACCCCACGGCCCCGUGGAAAGCCCCGUCUCACCCCACGGCCCUGUGGAAAGAAAUCUCUGGGUUUACCAGUUAA